UGAGCGGCCUGGCAGUGACCUCCAGGACCUGCAGCAGCCUGGGACUUUCCUGGCAGGCCGGCCCCGGCAGGACGCAGCGCUUCAGGCUGCAGCUGUGGGAGCGAGCUCAGGGUCCCGACCACUCAGGGCUGGUGAAGAACGAGACGUUGGAGAGCACGACCACACAACACGCGCUCGUUGGACUGACGCCGGGACGACUGUACAACGUUACCAUGGUAACAGAGGCUGGAGAUCUGCAGAGCAGCAGGACGAUCGAGGCCCAGACAGCUCCUGCUCCCGUGUCCAACCUCACCGGCGUCGUCCACAACAACACAAGCUUUUUGUUGUCAUGGCAACGGCCCAGAGGCGACCUGGAGGCUGUCGUCGUCACCGUCUCGACCAACGGGACGAGCUUCUGGGAGACGACACUUCCACCAAACGCCACAGAGGUCGCCACAGACCAGCUGACUCCCGGCUCGACCUAUCGGGUCACAGCCGUGUCGAGGAGCGGGGAGCUGACGAGCCAAUCAGAAAUCAACAUCAGCUCUGCUCCGGCAGCGGUCUCCUUCCUCUCGCUGUCUCCCGCCUCUUCCUCCGAGGGCCUCGUCCUGCACUGGACGCCCCCUCUUGGCCACUGGGAGAGUUACAGGCUGUUCCUGUUCGACGGCCUCCAGCAGUUAGUCGACACCAGCGCGGACAGAGAGGCGGAGAAGUUCAUCUUCCCAGGGACGGAUCUAACACCUGGGAGGACGUACAGAGCUGUGCUGAGGGUGGAGAGCGGAGGACUGUGGGCUGAGAGCAGCUGUGAAGGAACAACAG